AUGGCGGCAGAGGACGACCGCCCAGCGAAGCUGCGGCGGCUGUCCCGCCUUCGCGCGGAACUGCCAUUCACGCAUUGUAAUGCGAUGGCGCAAUUCCUGGCGUCCGUUAAGCGAGACGAAAUCCCCGAAUUGGGAUCCCGACGCCAGGAUAUCAGAGACGCUCGGGAGCUCAUGGUCGGUGAGAACACGCCGUACGGCAAGCUCCACCAGAACAUGAUAGUCGGGCAGCACACGGUGGAGAUCUGCAGUCCAGCAGCAAUGCUGCGGUAUUGCAGCGCCCUCCCCGCGACGCAGCCUCUGUGGCAGCGGGCGCUGGAACUGCCACGCCCGUGGCACAUCAUCAUUUACGGCGAUGAAAUAGGCGCUGGCAGCGCGCUGGCGCACGUGCAGAACCGCAAGUCCUGGGGCAUCUACUGGACGAUCGCGGAAUUCGGCCCGCAGGAUGCGUGGUUCCAGCUCGCGACGAUGCGGGCCAAAACCGCGAACGACAUCCAGCCGCACGGACUGACGAUGCUACUGGACGCAAGCCUCGCGCAGUUCUGGCCUGAUCAGGGGCGCAACUUCAGCGCAGGCAUCAGCUUGCGGCUGCGCCCCGACGGCGCGACGGAGCUCAUCCAGAUGGACCUCGUUCGGGAUAUGGUUGCUUCUGACGCGACGGGUGUCGCUGUUCACCACUCGGAACCAGAUGCGUCGCGGCUGCAGCCGAUGACGGCGCCGCUGCUCGAUGCCAUCUGCAACAGAUUGAUCGAAGGGGUCAACACCAUGAAUAAGGGCGAGCUCCAGGAGUUGGAGCGCCGACUUGGCUGGAACUGGGACCCCCAUUUGCCUGAGCGGGUUCGGAAACUCAAGCCGCUCGAGACAGUCAUGUUUGAUUGGAUGCAUUGUAUUUUCGUCAACGGUACAUAUAACAUUCUGGUGUUCCAAAUGUUUCGAAGGUUGAAGGGUUACUGGGCGCGCGCAGACGCAUAUUUCCAGGACUGGUCGUUUCCAGGGUGCCACUCCAUCUCCCCCGACACGUGCGCGAUCUUCGGCGAGAAGCGCGUGAGGUCCCACGUUGACAGCAAGCAUUUCAAGUGCACCGCCAGCGAGGGGUGGCUAGCGACGCUGCAGCGCCUGCAGUCCGAUCUGCUUGCGCAGUGUUCGAGGCGCACACGAUCGUUGUGGAAGAAAUCCUACGAGUAUCCAGGCGUCAGGCAGACGCGGAUAAGCUGCAGGCUGCGGUUAACAUGGUUUUUGCUGUCAUACAGCAGCGUCUUUGGCAAGGAAACGAUGGCGCAGAAGUUCCAUUACCUGCACCACUUCGCCAACUACGUGAGGCGUUGGGGCCAUGUGGCGCUGCCGUCGUGCUGGGUUUUGGAGCGCAAGCACAAGACCAGCAAGCGCUUUGCGAACGCUCUUCAGGUGGGGGCUGCAGCCUCCAGCGGCUGGGACGCCAAUGUCCUGAAGAGCGUCACCGAGCGGCACCUGUGGCAGCUCAUGGAUGGCGACACCUUUAAGGUUAACUGCCUGGUUAACGCCACCAGGCCGUCCAAGGCCAUCUCGCGCGAACUGCUGCAGCAGUUCGGGCCUGCGGACUUUGCUACGUCCGCUGCAGCGCGGUGCCGCUACCACGACGUCAAAUACGGCGACGUCGUGCUUUUGGAGGACGGAGGAGGGGAACGCAUUGCGGCCGAGGUGUUGAAACACCUCUCCUUCACCAAGAACGGCCACUACUAUGGCUUGAGCUUGGUCCUGCCCUACUUCUUCAAGGAGAAGCUGCACCCGCGCGCCUCCGCGCACGUGCUCGGCGGCGAUGCCGACGCCUUUUGGGCGCGCACGGCGAGCAUCGCGUGCUCGCUCGCGUGGGCGCCGCGCGAGGGCGGCGGCAUCC